AUGAAGGGGAGGGCGGCGUGCUUCUACCAGGACUCCAAAGGCAUCAUAAAGCGCUGCGACAAGGGCAAGGAGCAGCCUCCAGCCGAGGACCUGCGGCGGAUGCCUCGGGCUCGCCGGCCAGUGAUCGUGUGCGCCCUGGACUUGGAGGACUCGAUCGCGCCGCCCAGGAUGAGCUCGCGGCUGCUAUCGAGGAGCGCCAGGCCAUGCAAGUGGAUCAAGCGCCCGUUGGUACCCUGCAAGCUGGACCUCAACAUGCUCCUCCUGACCCGUGGCAACGUCCUGGCGGGGACCCCUGGCAUGAUCGCGCUGCCCCCGCUGAUGGCCAUGCUGCAGAGCUGCAUUCGCCAGGCCACCGAUGCCAUCGCCGCGACCUCCAUGGCCCAGGUCACCUCCUGCCAGACGCAGCUGGUGCGCAUGUUCCAGACCCAGCAGGAGGCUGUCAACAGGUCCCUCGCCGUGCAGACGCGCGACAUCGCAUCCAUCGGUCAGCGCGCCGACGCGCUGGAGGCGGAGCAGGCUGCCAUGCGCAAGCAGAUCGGGGACAUCAACAAGGCCCUGGCCCUCGCCGAGAAGGAGCUGCCCAUCAUGGACUUUCAGGAGCUGGAGGCGUGGUCUCGUCAACCCAACCCGCGGAUCUUCUCGAUCGGGGCGCCGCAGUUGGUUGGGCCCGCCCAAGCUCUUCAAGGAUUGGAGGAGUGGAUUCGCGCGGCUGGCCUCACCAACGACAUGGUGCGCAUCGACCCUGCGGUCCCCUCCAAGCGCUUCAACGUCUUGGUACAGGGCGGCGACGGUGUCGCUCUCCCUCGGGCCCAAGCUCUUGCACGGCAUCUACGUGACCCAGCUGGCAGGAACGGGUGGCGCUCCUUCAGCGCGCAGAGCGUCGGUGGAGGCGUCGUCCCGCUGUACCUCUCGCCUGACAAGUCCCCGCAGCAAGUACGGAUGGAGAUCCAGUCGAGGAAGCUCUCGGCUUUGCUGGCAGAAGCUCUUCCUGAUCAGUCUUUCAGUGCUCAGCGGGCCCGUGGCAUCGUCACCUCCCAGGGCGUCAAGGUUGCCAAGCUCGAGAUGGGAGAAUCCCGCUACACCGACGCCAUCAUCAGGUGGAACCCAGACAUGGUCGCCAGGCUGCACAUCGACAGGGAGUCCAUCAACACGCAGUUCAAGAAGGCCUUCUCCACGGAGGACAACACCGAGUGGCUGCGCAGACGCAAGUUGGCACUGCUCGCCACAUACAUGAAGGUCAACGCCAUCAUCGCCGUGCAGGAGGUCCACGGCUCCGAGGACGCCCUCAGUUCACGAAACUCCACGCCUGUUCUUCCGGCCUACCGCUUCGACAUAGUGGCGGUCGGCCGCGCGGCGCUCCUCACGAUCACCGACUGCGCGGGCAAGUGCAGCAUGCAGAUCUUCAACAUUCACAACUACGACCUCAAGCCGCACGAGUUCACUGCAGUACAGCGCACUUGGUCCAGUGGCCUGGCGCGGGCGCGCCGCGACUCGUUACACCGCAUCUUCCUGGGCGUCGGUGACUUCAACAUAGCUGCCCGCCCGCCAGUCAGUCAACGAGCACCCUCAGACACCACUGCUUGGCGCCUCCGACCUGAUCACCGUUGCCAACUUCGGCAACCUGCGUGGCGCCGUCUAUUCGCUGCAGCUAUGGAGGUUGAGUCUCAGUGGCCGACCCACUACGACAUGUCCUGCAAGCAGCUGUCCACGAUCGACCGCAUCUUCUUGGGCAUCGACGCGCACGCCAUGCCCUCGGUCUCGACGAUCCUUACCACUGCGAGGGACGCGAUGGAGCUUUCCGAGGAGGGCAUCAGCGACCGCGCGCCCCUCGUCCUGCAGAUCACUGCCGCACGCCAUGUCCCACGAGACGAGCAGCCAAUCCCGACGCACCUCUUCAACCACAGGAAGUACCCUGAGACCUACACGCUCAUGCUGGACCACUGCGCCCUGGCUGGGGAAACGGCGGAAGGCCGCUGGAGAGCAGCGAAGCAGUGCAUGAAGCUUGCUGCGCGACGUGUUCGUGAUGAACAGCUGCGGACCAACUUCUCCCUACACGUCAAGGACGCCACGGUCGAGACCUCGUACAUGGGUUUCAAGUCGGCGGCGCGAGCAGUCUGGCGACAGGACGCUGUCCUGGCAGGUAGGCUUCUCGACUCCUGCCCUGCGCUGGCCGCCCACCUCCACAUUGCCGACGGCACCGUGCGCCUCGUGGACCCCCACAGCUUCGCCACCAACUUCGACGCCAUCGCCGAGCGGGUGCACUCCCUGCGCAGGCAGGCGGCGGAGGCAGCAGCUCGGACGGCCAACGUGCGCGACAGCGCAGCCUGGCGGAGGGUUGAACGCAAGGCCGCCAGGCAUGCGCAGCUCUGGGUCCCGUGGCGGCGACGCAUGAUCCUCUCGGGCUUGCGCGUGGAUUCUGCACCGUGUGCCGCCAAGGACUCGCAGGUGGCUCAGCACGUGGUCUCCGACCCCGCGGGCAUGAAGGCGACUGUGGCGAACUACUGGGGUGAGGUCUUCGCGAAGGUGCCGAAUUCUGAACAGCUCAAGGCAUUGGACGCCUUCCUGGACAAGCACGCACCAAGGAACCCUGCGGUGGAACUACCUCAACCAGCUCUACAUGACUUGGAACGUGCGGCCAGUAGGGCCCCGCCGAGCGCUGCGGGACCAGAUCAGCUGACGUACGCAGCAUGGCGCCGCAGCCCUGGAGCCUUGCAGCAUCUCCAGGGACGCAUGGAAGUCCUCUUCAACGACGGCGUGGCCCCGCUCGACCUCAACUGGUCGAUCUUCAUCUGCGUGCCGAAGGGCACGGGGGAGGACGACGUCCCCGACUCCUGCACGCGCACGGCCUCAACGGUGCGCACCCUCUCUCUGAAGAGCUGCGACGCCAAGCUGAUAGCGGCCUGCGCAGAUCGCGGGCUCCAGCCCAUCGCCACAUCAUCCACCUCGCCCGAGCAGAAGGGCUUCACUGCUGGGCGGCGCUUCGUCGACCACAUCCCGUACUUGGACGCGGAAUGCCGUAGGGGGGGCCUUCUUCCUGACGCGGCGACCCGCCGCCCCAUGUUCCUGUCGUUCGACUUCCGUCAGGCCUUCCCCUCACUCUUCAGGGAAGUCAUCGAGAAGGUCCUCCCGCGCUUCGGGGUCCCGAUUGGCUUCCGCAACGUGGUCGCGGCGCUCUACAGCAACUGCCUCGCCUUUAGCUCCUUCCGCGCCGAGGGCGCCAGCGCGGAGCUCGAGCCGCUGUUCGCGCUCCCGUGCGGCAUCAUGCAAGGGCGCCCGCUCUCUGGCACGGCCUGGUGCUUGGCAAUGGAUGCGCCCAUCCGCGCGCUGAACGCUGUUGCCCUCCCCAGCAUCGACUGCACCUUCGUCUCCAUAGAGUUUGCCUUCAACCUGCAGCUGGCGCUGCACAAGUGCGCGCUGGUUCCGCUGCGGGAGGAGCUCUCGGAGGACACACUGCUGAACGUUAAGUCUUUCCUCGCUAAGGAGGUCCCCCGCUGGCUGGGCUUCCGCGUCGACUCCACGGCCAAGUACCCGGGGACUCACCUGGGGCCAGGCGUCACGGACUUCGGCAUCUGGAAGGCUGCUGCGGGGAAAUGGUGGACCCGAUGCUGGGAGCUGGCGCGCACUGGCAUGGCCACCAGCCUUGCAGCCCGCGCGUACAACAUCAACGCGCUUCCGUGCUUGUCGUACCUCGCGCAGUUCUACUUCAUUGUCCCCGCCAUCUGGAAGGUCGAGUUCACCUCCCUGCACCGCCUGCUGCGGCUGCCGCCCUCGUCCAUGCGCAAGGCUGACAUCCUGUCGAUGAGCGCGUGGCGCGGUUCCCCGUCGCCGAUUGGCCUCUUCCCAUACACGCUCGCGGCGAUGAUGCGCUCGGCGGAGAACACGGUUCGCGGAUGGGAAGCCCACCUUCACCACCUUCAUGAAGCUGCCGUGGAGCACGUCCCACUGAUUGACGUGAUCAAGGGCAACUGGUCGCCGCCGUGGUGGCAGACGCGGAGGGCUAUCGUACAGAACUUCGCCAUGAUCACGGACACCUACGGCCAGUUGGACAUACCCAGGCCGACGCUCGACGUGCUCUCGGUUCCGAUCCCGAGCAGGUUCAUCAAGAUCGCGAAGUCGGCGAUGACCCUGGAGACGAAGACGGCGGCAGCGGCCACCCCCGCCAGGAAGCCCAAGCGCCAGGCCACGGCCGCCGCUUCGCUCCGUGGCUCGCUGUACCCCGAGGACCUGGUGGCCACCAUCCACCGUCGGCUGCGCAGGUGGGGAGUCGAGUGCCCGCUGCCCGAGCUGCGCGAGAGGUGGCCUCCGCUGCGUGGCAAGCUGACGGAGGUCCGCCCUGCUUGGAUGUGGUCGUGGAUCCGCACCGCGGUCAACGGCUGGACGACAUCUCGCCGCAUGAGCGCCGUCAUCGACGCGCGUCCAUGCCUCUUCGGCUGCGACGCGGAGGACGCGCUCGAGCACUACGUCGUCUGCCCGAUCCUCAGGGCGAUGACUGCGGGCGACGCUGGUGCGGACUCCCUAGGCAACGGCGCCGAGCUCCUCGGCUUCGGCGACGAGCAGUACCACGCAAAGAGACCCAUCACGGACUGCAUCUACUCGGUCGGCCUAAUGUGCCAGUGCUACCACAUCCAGAAGCACCGCAUGGACGCGGGCUUGGACGCUGGAGCGGAACCCAACAGCGAGCUGCGGCGCUUUGACUCGGAAUUCGUCCGGGAGUUCUCCCCGGUCCGGGAGUUCGUCCGGAGCGAGUCGGCGAGCUCGUGCGACGCGGUCCCGAGCUGCUCGGCGGCGCCGGCCGCGGCGCCGGCCACGCUGCCGCGGGAGGCGUCGAAGCGGAGCGAGGCGUCCGACGACUGGGACCAGGCGCUGGCGAUCACCACGCGGGCUUCCGAGCGGCUGCUGUGGUCCUUCCGGGAGCGCCCAGUGGCGGUGGCGCAGCACGUGCUUCUCAUCGUCGCCCUCGUGCCCUACUGCGCCCCCGAGAAGGGGUUCCUGCCGCCCGGGGAGAAGUGGAAGUCGUUCCCGCUGCUGGCGCUCGCGCACGGGCUGCUGAAGGUCCUGAGGCUGACCUUGCGGUGUACCGCGUUCACCGUGUGCAUGCUGCGCUGUGUGCGGCGGCAGAAUUCCUCGCAGCACAGGUUCAGGGUGAAGGCAUGGGUGAUGGUGGUGGAGAUCUUUGCGACAGUUUGGCCGACGGAGGGGAUCGCUAACGUGGCAUUCAUCUCCUUUUUCUUGUCCCGGACAUUCACGAUACCCUGGGUCUUGAUGGACGUUGUCGUGGGCGAGCGAAGUUACGACAGUGGAUGCGGCAUAGUAGCCAUCGCGCAGAGCCUGUUGAUCCGCUCCUACUGGAUAGUGGGAUUUGUGCUAGGGCUCCGUUACUUCAGGGAGCUGAAAGAUAGGGACUCGGACUCGGGGGUGGUCGCCGGUAAGUUCCACCUGCACCCGAGGAUGUGGAAGAUGAUCCAGUCGCCCUCAUUCCACAGCUACGCCCUCGUCUCCAUGGCCGGCUGGCUCCUUGCUAGCGUGCUGGAGUGCUCCGCGCUGUACCGUUGGGAGGUCGGCGUGCCCGAUACGGGGCUGGAGUUGGACGCGUUCCGGAACACGAAGGAGUUCUUCGAGACCUACAAGGGGACGACUUGGAAGUCCCCAUCCGAGGAGUGGCACCUCCGGCGCGUGGUCGGGGGCAACUGGCGCGAGUCCUUCUACCUCGUCAUGAUGUUCCCGCGGUCCGCCUUCGCCGCGGCCGCGGCCCUGCUGGCCCUCGCGAGCAUGCAGACCUCGAGGUUCUCGGCGGGGCCCUGGCCGUGGCUCAUCACCACCUCGCGCGAGACGCUGCUGGGCCUCGCCUCCUACGUUCUCUGCCUCUCGGCGCACCAGCUCCAGUACCUCGUGCUGUGCCUCCUCGUGAGCUGGGAGUGCUACAGCCUGCAGCAGAGGUGCGAGGCGUUCCAGCGCAGCUUCGGGUCUCUCUCCAGCGGGGAGAGGGUCGUGCAGCACCAGGACCUCGGCAAGAAGAUGGACGGCGUGGGCAGGCGGCUCCACCCCAUCAUCGUGUUCCUGGUGCUGGAGCGGGCGACCCAGCUGAGCCUCGACGCGGCCCAGUGGCGCUGCGAGUCGGCCCCCUUCACGCUGCUGCAUUACGCCUUCCGGCACAUCGUGCGCACGCUCGGCGUCGCGGCGGCGAUCUGGCGCAUCGGGCGGCUCAACGCCAGCAUCUACGACGACCUGACCGGCAAGGUGCAGUUCCAGCUCGUCUGCUGCCACCAGGAGCCGGAGGUGGGCGGCGAGGAGCUGCAGCGGCGCCGCAGGGAGCUCAGGGACUGGGUCGCCUACCUGCAGCACAACAGCAACGGCAGCCGCAGGUACUGCCUGCGUGUAUGCGGCUUCCAGUGCUGCCUCCGCCCGCACACGGCGGCCGCGUGGGCCGUGACGCUGGCGCUGCUCCCCGCGGGCCAGCGGCUGCUCGGCCUCCUGCCGGGGCUGUGAGGGCACCCCGCUCUCCCUCCCUCGCCGCUCACAUCCCUCUCCUGACUUUCCCUCCUCCCCGCCCCGUCCAGUGACGUUACCUCCACGGCGUCGCGCGAAAAUAAGUGACAACGAGCAGAACGAGGACCAGGAUCAUCAGCAGAAGGGCGAGACCAGAAUCUAGUUAACGAUGGGUGACAAGUGCGAUGUUCGAAGAACCUCGGAUGCAAGCUACGUACGCUAUGCGAGUGGACAGCGGCACAUGUGGCGCUCGAGUGCAGAGUCUUGCUGUAACGCUCGGUCCAUUGCUGCGCCGACAGAACUGGCGCUGCGGCAUCACAUAUUUCUCUCGGCGGCCCCGCUGGGGGGGAAGGCAGAGGGGGCGGGCGUUCUCAGAAGGCCCAGAAGUCCUCUGGCCUUCAGAGAAACUUUCUAAAUACGCCUCCUCCGAAGCCACAGGGGGCUUCUCAGGUUUAGCGCUUGACAGUGGAUGAUUGUUUAACGCGCGGCGUCGUCUGCGCGCAACUCUGCGGGGUUGCAGCCCGCUUUGCCAUUGGGACGUGAUCGUGGUAUGUCACGCCGCUGGGCUGCUCGGACCAGAGUUUGCCGAAGGGUGGUCCGGAGCCGCCGGUGGCUUCUCCGGUGGUCGGGGCGCUUCUCGAGGGCCCCGCCGCAUGCCGAGAAGGGCCUGCCCCCAACGGCACACAUCUCUGCUUUGAUUCAGGAGGGGAAAAAACACA